AUGAAAAUAUACUACAUUGGUGUCCUGAGAAACACCACCGAAAAAGCUCUUGAGCUGACGUCCGUUAAGGACUUGUCACAAUUUGGCUUCUUUGAAAGAAGCGGGGUAGCCCAGUUCAUGACUUUUUUCUCAGAAACCGUGGCUGCCCGAACCUCCGCUGGCCAGAGGCAAAGUAUCGAAGAGGGCAAUUACAUCGGACACGUCUACAGCAGAUCAGAAGGUUGCUGUGGCGUACUCAUCACCGACAAAGAAUACCCUGUGAGACCUGCAUACACCUUGCUCAAUAAAGUCUUGGAUGAGUAUCUAGUGGCUCAUCCUCCCGUUGAAUGGAAAGAUGCGACCGCAACGAACGAUCGUCUGGGUCUGAAAGAAUUGGACAUAUACAUUGCUAAGUACCAAGACCCGUCUCAGGCUGAUUCCAUCAUGCGGGUGCAACAGGAACUAGACGAAACUAAAAUUGUUCUGCAUAAGACAAUCGAAUCAGUAUUGCAAAGAGGCGAAAAACUAGAUAAUCUUGUCGAUAAGUCUGAAAGUCUAUCCGCGAGUUCACGCAUGUUUUACAAGCAAGCAAAAAAGACAAAUUCGUGCUGUGUACUUAUGUAA